UGCUCUCUCGAGUCUCCUACACGCAGUCGCGCGUCAAACAGCGGCCGCAUCGCACACACAAUACACUUGGAUAUAUAUCUCUCUCUGUCUCUGUCUCUGAGCAUCUGAGCCCGGUGUCGCUCGCGUUGUGUUAAGUAGUUGACUCGUACAUUGCAGUCGAUGUGCAUUCGCUAUACACGUACUCUGUAAGGAUCCCCGGUGUGGCGCGAUGACAGUGUCCUUCCGAGGAUACACCUAGUGCGAGAACUUGCCUCCAGUGCGAACUCUGUCAUCUCGAGAGGAGCGAGAGCCGUGCGAUUUUUUCGAAAAAACAAGAGGAAAGCUCGCAAGUUCAACCAUGAUGGAGGUGCAGCAGCAACACUCGCCGGCGGGCGUCGGACCGCUGGACUUCUCCCGACGAGGUGUAGCCGAGGCGUCGGCCUUCCGAGUCGUCAAGCCCAAGCAGCUGCCCCAGGUCGUGGCUAACAACGCACAGGGACAGCAGGCCCAGACGGAAACGAACAAUAACGAGAGCCCCCAAGAGAGCAACAACACGAGACUGCCCGAGAGCGAAGGAUGCGACGUGCGGCUGAUGUUCCCGCGACUCUGGGCGCCGUUCGCCAAGUCCAACGAGGUCACGAGCUUGCCGCCCUUUCCGAAAUCUGAUCCAGAGCGACUGUCGUUCGGCGUUGGACGACUAGUCGGAUCGCCGCUAUCGAGGAGUCCCCGCAGGUCACCGUCGCAUUCGCCUUGCCUGGACUCGCCGAGAACCGAUCAGCAGGACACGGAGGUUGACGUCGAUGCCGAGGACGAGGAGGUAGACGUGGACGUGGAGGAGGUCGGCGACGAGGACGACCGCGAGGGCUCGAGCCCGCCCAGGUCUGCUACGCCACCGUCGCCACCCGCCGUCACCCGGAGUACCCCAACUAACCCUCCCAGAAGGUCGGGCGACUCGUUCAGCGUCAACGCCCUCCUGAGGCCGGACCCGCCAUCGGCCCACUCGCAAAACACAAACAGCAGCGGCAGCUCGGCGAACGGCAACCCAGUGUCGCACCAGUCGAUCCUCUACCCACCUCUGCACCUACAGAGCGGCGUCGUCCUUCCUCCUCACCCUCACCACCCCCUGAGCUACCUUCACCCACAGCUUCUUCCCCACCACCUGCUGCCGCCACACUUGCACCCACUGCUCAGAGGUGUCCAUCCAGCGACCGCCGCGGCACAUCCUGGACUCCACACGACGGCCCACGGACCUCACGGUCUACACCAUCCCCACCCGCUCGGGGAUGUCUACAGUUGCGUCAAGUGUGAUAAGAUGUUCAGCACCCCGCAUGGCCUCGAGGUGCACGCGAGGCGGUCGCACAACGGCAAGAGGCCCUUCGCCUGCGAGUUGUGCAACAAAACCUUCGGCCACGAAAUUAGCCUAACGCAGCACCGGGCGGUCCACUCCGCGGAGAAGGUCUUUGAGUGCAAGCAGUGCGGCAAGGCAUUCAAGCGCUCGAGCACGCUCAGCACCCACCUGCUCAUACACUCGGACACGCGGCCCUACCCUUGCCAGUUCUGCGGCAAACGGUUCCACCAGAAGAGCGACAUGAAGAAACACACCUACAUUCACACAGGUGAAAAGCCGCACAAGUGCCAGGUCUGCGGUAAGGCCUUCUCCCAGAGCAGCAACCUGAUAACACACUCGCGCAAGCACACGGGCUUUAAGCCGUUCGCCUGCGAGCUUUGCGGCCGAGCUUUCCAGCGCAAGGUCGACCUGCGCCGCCACCGAGAGACGCAGCACGCCGACCUCAACGGCACCGCCUCCUCGGGAUCCUCGUCCUCGUCGGCGGCGCACCUCAGGUCGCCGAUAAACCCGCUCGCCCAGAACGCUCUGGCAGCUGUCGCCGCCGCCAACCAGAGCAUCAUGCAGUGAACCGGUGCUACGACGAGACUCGCAGGAGUGUAUAGAUAAAUUCGUCGAAGUGGCUUGCGGAGCACUACGGCACGAGACAUGCUUUUCGUUCGUUGUUUUGUUACAUACGGUGCCGAUCGGCUGUGGCGAGCCUUACUCCAAGAUCUCCGCUAUAGACGGUUUCCUUCUUCUUCCUGUACAUAAUCCUUCGAAGACUCUCGAGUAUAGGGCAUAAGAUAGUGUAAUUCGAAUCGUCAAUUCACGAGCGCACUCUGACUUUAAUUAGGAAUACACUUUAGGAGGGCGCGAGAGAAACCUGUAUAGAUGAACUUAGAGAAAGUCAAAUUAUCAUAUAUCGCGAGAAGCUUUUUUCCAGUUAUUAUGAAGAAAUACAUACCAGUGCAAUCGAGACCCUGCGUGAUAACAAAAGGGCUCCAGGUCGUUCGUGCGAGUUUACUCGAAUACGCCCGAGAGAAGAAAAAAUUCUUUUUCGUUUCGUCGUUCGUUGUUAUUUAGUACUUAAGAGAAGUGUGCAGGAGAAUGUCUACUUAUUUUCAAGCGCGUGCGUCGAUUACGAUAAACAAACGAGGGGAUGAUGCGCGUGUGAACGACUGUCUUGAAUCAUUGACUAUAUAUAGCAUAUCUUCGACUAUUAAAUCUUUGCUCUCUGAGAACAAGGUAUUCGAGUGUGACCAAAAGAGAUUUGUAAAUACUAUGUGUAGUCUGUAUAUCUUAUCGUAUGACGCUAGGUCGGUAAGCCUAUAAAUAUUAUAAAUAUCGAAUCGAUCAGCGACUAUGUAUAUGACGCGGAGAAAAAAAAUGAGGAAAGUCUACGACACGUAUAAA